AUGCCAGGCAAACAGUCAGAAGAAGAGCCGCUGGAGGAGGCAGCUGCAGAAGACGGAGCUGAGGAAAAUCUGGUGGGCCUCACAGUGGAGGAGAUGCAUCAGGGCCAGGAAGCUGCCCUGGCCCUGGAGGAUAUGAUGGCACUGAGUGCUCAGACCCUAGUCCAUGCUGAGGUGGACGAACUCUACCAGGAAGUUCGUCUCCUGGGCCAGGGACGUUUUGGCCGGGUCCUACUGGUCACCCAUCGUCAGAAAGGCACGGCCCUAGCACUGAAACAACUCCCAAAGAAGUCUACUUCCCUCCGCGGCUUCCUAUAUGAGUUCUGUGUGGGCCUCUCGCUGGGUGCGCAUUCGGCCAUUGUGGCGGCUUACGGCAUUGGCAUUGAGUCAGCCAACUCCUAUAGCUUCCUGACAGAGCCCAUCCUGCAUGGGGACCUCAUCGCCUUCAUCCAGCCCAAGGUGGGCCUCCCGCUGCCAGCAGUCCAGUGCUGUGCCACCCAGCUGGCUUCUGCGCUGGAGCACAUUCACUCCCACGUAGUAUACCGGGACCUCAAGCCGGAGAACGUGCUCGUGUAUGACCCAGCCUGCUGGCACGUCAAGCUGACCGACUUUGGCCACACACGGCCCCGGGGGACCCUGCUCCGCUUGACUGGGCCACCCAUCCCUUACACAGCCCCCGAGCUCUGUGCUCCCCCACCUCUCCCUGAGGGGUUACCCAUUCAACCUGCUCUGGACGCUUGGGCUUUAGGGGUCCUGGUUUUCUGCCUUCUCACUGGCUACUUCCCCUGGGACCAGCCACUGGUGGAGGUCGACCCCUUCUACGAGGACUUCCUCAUCUGGCAGUCCUCAGGUCAGCCUCAGGACCGGCCACAGCCCUGGUUCGGCCUGGCACCUGCAGCAGACACUCUCCUAUGGGGGCUUCUGGACCCUCACCCCCAGAGGAGGAGCCCUGUAUGUGCCAUCAAGGGCUACCUGGGGCAACCUUGGAAGCAGCAAGAGGGGGAGGCUGAGCAGCUGGGAAAAGAGUGA